AUGAGGCCACUUCAGAUUUACGAUGACCUAGUGAGGCACGGACAUUUUGGUCAUACUGAGGAGCAUUGCCACCCUACACCACCACCUGCUCCAGCUAUUGACCCUAUUCCUAAGCCUACUAUAGAGAUGGCCAAGGAUAAGGGUAAAGGAAAGGAGGUCGUUAUUGAGCCUCCUAAGAGAUGGAUUCCAGUUCAGAGAGAUCAUAAAAGACAGAACGAUGCUAGCACAUUUGGAGUUCAGAUUCUACUUUCUAUGUCCACUGUCAUUACAUCAGUCCCAUUACUUACUGGCACUAGCUCACAUGCUCAGACCCAGCCAUCUGUUCCUUCAGUUGCUCCUCCCAAUUCUCCGUCAGACACAGUCAGCGGAGCUUCUUACAUUCCAGGCCCGACACCGGGUAGGGCUCAGGCACCUACUCCCACUUCUUCUCCUUCUGUUUGUCAUCAGAAUGUGGAGGCAUCUAUUCCAUCUUUGCAAUCUUCUUCUGAUGACUUGGUGGGUUUGGAUGAGAGGACGGAGAAUGAUGGAUUUAUCCCAGUUGUUCGGAAGAGACACCCAUGGGCUACUGAUACUCCACAUCUGAGCAGAAGGAUCACUCGGAGUCAGUCAUAUGAUACCUCCUCACAUUCUCCUUCUCUAUGA